CCCAGCUGCAGGCCGCCGGCGCCGCCGCCGCCGCACAGCGCGAGGACGCGCAGAGGGAGGUGGACCGGCGGGUGCGGGAGGCCCGGGACCAGGCCGACGAAGAGAUGCGAGAGACCAGGAGGAGAAUGGAGCAGAACAUGGAGCAAAAGACCCAGGACCUGCGUGAACGCCUGAGGCAGGAGACGGAGGCAGCGCUUCAGCGACAGAAAGACGAACUGGAGUCGGCCGCCAAUAACCGUCUGCAGGCGGAGGUGCAGCGGCUGAAGGACGAGCGUGACGCCCGGCUGGAGGAGGUGAUCGAGCGGCUGGAGCGCGAGGUGCGCCGCGCCGAGGAGGGCGAGGCGGAGCGCUCGGCGCAGAAGCUCAGGAAGCUGGAGGAGAAGCACGCUCUGGACCUGCGCGCGCUCGAGACGUCCGAGGAGCGGUUCAAGGCCAAGUACCUCGACUGUCGCGCCCACCUGGCCGAGCGCGACGAGCAGCUGCUGGAGCUGCGCAGCCGAGUGACGCGCAAGGACGCCGAGAUCGCCGAGAUGAAGCAGACGGCGGAACUGAUGCAGCAGGAGCAGCAGCAGCUCGGCGACGUCAUCGAGGCUGAGUUCCAGAGUCAGGUGGCCGAGCUGCGCCGCGCCGCCGACAGGUGGCAGCAGCGGCUGGCCGAGGCCGAGCACGGCCACCAGGCGGAGCUGGCCGACGCGCAGCGCCAGCUCCAGCGCUGUAACGAGCAGCGCGAGCUCGACCUCCAGGAGCUGCACAAACAGAUCAAAGAGGCGUUCUCGGUUAAGGAUCAGAAGAUUGAAGAGCUCUCUGCGUCUAACCAGCUGAGUCAAAAGAAGGUGAAGCAGCUGGAGAGCCUGCUGGACAAAAUGCGGAUGGUGGGCUGCCGUUGCGGGGGUGGUGGCAGCGCGGGCCGACGCUAGCGCUGCCUGUCGUUCGGCGGCUCGUACUGACAGUGGCGCCGCCCGCCGCCAGCUGGCAGUCCGGGGACCAGCUCACCAUAAGUCAUCACACGUGUGUGCGCCGCAGGAGCGACCGUUUGUGACGAGAAUCACCGUUCAUCUCAUGCUUUCUCUCGUAGACGUGCGGUCGGGUGUGUGUGUGUGUGUGUGUGUGUGACGGCGGCAUAUUGAUUUGCCGCGGCUGCACUGUGCUGAAGCAUUUGUGUCGAGCCUCCGCUGUUGCGAUGUUAGCUCGCCGCGCCGCCAACUGCCGUGCCUCUAGGGUCCACGUGCUGCGCCUGGCGAUGGC